AUGGAUGAUGAUGAGUGUAUAAUGAGCAACGCAAUCAGAAAAGUGGUAUUUGUUGAAAGCUUGGGAGUGCUGCAUUUCAAGGGAAACAGCAAAAAGAACAGUACAAACCUGCUCGCUGGUCAGCUUUCGACGCCUUCGGAUCUCGACUUGCUGCAACUGGUCGGGCGAAUCGAGAAGAAAAACUGGAUUCACUCCCAAGAAAAUCAGGCAUCAGGAAGUCAAACAAGGACCACAGCUCACAUACACGGUUCUGGAUGGGAGUUCCAAUCGUCCGGGAACGAAAUUGCGGUAGCUAUAACCACUGUACAACACAUACGCGGUUUUGAAACUGAGGAUGAUGAUCGCCAGCUUACGCAGGCCUAG